AUGGAUGACGUGCCAUUAACCAAAGAAGAUCAGACCCAACAUCUCAAGAUCGGCUCCAUGAUGACCGAAGGAUUGAAGAGGAGAUUAAUAGACUUCCCCAGGUCCAACUCCGACUGCUUCGCUUGGUCCCACGCAGAUAUGCCUGGGAUCGACCCGAAGCUCAUCAUGCAUAAGCUGCAGGUGGAUCACCUACAUCAACCCGUCAUACCAAAGAGAAGGAAGUUUUCUCCCGAAAGGGACGCAAUCAUCAACGAUGAAGUCAAAAGCCUGCUCGGCGCGGGGUUCAUUCGUGAGGUGCAAUAUCCGGAAUGGCUGGCCAACAUUAUCGUGGUUAAUAAAAACGGAAAGUGGAGAGUCUUCAAAGACUUCACAGACCUCAACAAGUCCUACAAGAUUGGGAGAACCAUGGAGGUCUACAUCGACGACAUGCUGGUCAAGUCCCUGGAGGCUGAGGACCUCAUAUCUCACCUACAUCAAGCCUUCUCCACCCUCUGGAAGUAUAACCUGAAGCUCAACCCAGCUAAAUGCCCAUUCGGCGUCAGUUCUGGCAAGUUCCUUGGGUACAUUGUAACCCACCGGGGCAUCGAGGCCAACCCGGAGCAAAUCAGGACCAUUCCUUCAAUCCCUUCCCCGAAGAACGUCAAGGAGGUCCAAAAGCUAACAGGAAGAAUGGCGGCCCUGAGCAGGUUCAUCUCCAGACUCUCCGAAAAAUCUCAUGCCUUCUUCGGAACCCUCAAAAAUCCAAAAGACUUCCAGAGGACGGAAGAGUGCGAAUCCGCUCUCCAUGAGCUAAAGGCGUAUCUCACCACUCCUCCUCUCCUAUCCAAGCAACUACUUGGUGAGGUCCUGCUUCUAUAUCUAGCAGUCUCCGAAAACGCCGCGCGCGCCGUCCUAGUACGCGAGGAUGGAAGCAAGCAGCUACUAAUCUAUUAUGUAAGUAAGGCACUCCUGGACGCGGAAACCCGCUAUAGCCAUCUAGAGAAGCUGGCCUUAGCCCUGGCAACAAACAACGAAAGCGAGUACGAGGCUCUAAUCGCAGGACUAACUCUCGCCCACCAAAUGGGGGCAGAAAACAUCCAGGUCUUCGUUGACUCGCAGCUGAUAAUCAACCAAGCUAAGGAUGCUCAGACCUACGACGUGGAAGACAUCGAAUCGGAGCCCGAACCCGAUAAAGAAGCACCUGACGGAGCAGCGAGAGCGGAGUCUCCUAUGAUCGCUCACCUUCACCAGAUGUUCUUCGAGAGGCUCGACGCCAUCCAGUCCAUGGUAGAGAGGCUCCCAGGGGUAGCUCCCCCCAUCCGGAAGAGCAAUCCUGACUCCUACGCCGACACUCCCUUCACGGAUGAGAUCACCUUGAUUGAGAUGCCCAAGAAGUUCUCGUUCCCAAGCAUAAAGGCGUAUGAUGGCACCACUGAUCCUGAUGACCACGUCGCCCAGUACAAGCAAAGGAUGCUCGCCGUAGCACUCCCAAAGGGGUCGUGCGAAGCUACAAUGUGCAAAGGUUCGGCUCCACCCCGACCGGACUUGCUCUGCAAUGGUAUAUCAACUUACCCUCCAGGUCCAUAG